AUUUUUUUAAAGACAAAAAUUUCAAUAAAACACAGAACCAAUAACUGGACUCUAGAUCUUACCACGUGUCAUUCACGUAUCUGUAGAACCAAUAUGAUCAAAAAGUCAUACUAUGCACCGUACUGCACUCUAUAAACACCUUUUGCUAUAUACCAUUUUAUUAUUUUUAAUACUCCUUUUUAACGAGCCGAUAAAUAAUCUCACAUCGAACGAAACGAACCCUCUCCUCUCCUCGCCCCCCUCCCCCAAAUCAAACAAAUUAGGGUUAGGGUUUUCUCCUCAUCACCACCGCCGCCAAAUCAAAACCAUGACAGGCAAAGCGAAGCCAAAGAAGCACACAGCGAAGGAGCUCCAAGCCAAAGCCGACGCAGCGUUAACCAACAGAGGAGGAGGAAAGGCAGGGCUCGCGGACAGAACCGGGAAGGAGAAAGGAGGUCACGCGAAGUACGAGUGUCCUCACUGCAAGAUCACGGCGCCGGAUCUGAAGACGAUGCAGAUCCAUCACGAAUCGAAGCAUCCUAAGUUGCCUUACGAGGAGCCGAAGAAUCUCCACGAGGCUCUUUCUGCUCCCGCUGAAUCGUCCAAACCUAAACCUGGAAUCAGAGGAAGCCUCAAGAAGUGAUCAUGUGAUUGUGUGAGGGGUUUGUAUCGAAUUACCUUUUUUUAAAUAUAAAGGUGUCAUCUUUAUUUAUGGGUUUUCUUCAAAGUUUGUUGAUGUCAUAAUAUGAAAAAAACUGCAAUGAUGCUUGCUAUUAUAUAAAACAAAAUGAUAUCUUUUAUAAAUUUUGUGUUUCUAACUUAUGUCUUGUGUUUGGUUCUUAUUUUCUGGAUACUUUGUUUGUAGUUAGUUGCAAAUGUUCUCCCAUCUGGUUGAUUUUUGGUGAAACGAGCGUUGGGUUUGGUUCUUUUGAUUUCAAUCUGUCUGUCUUUAUAGCUCAAGCAUCUAUGUUUGUUAGCAGACAUGUUAGUUAAGCCAAUUAUUCUGUUGUAGUCUGUGAGGAUAUGAGGAAGAAGAGUUGUACUUUCUGACCAAACAAUAGAUCAGUACUUCGAUUUGAUGUCUGAAAAAGCUUAAAGA